UCCAUCCAAUGGUUUGCUUGGAGAGGAAACAGAGUCCACGGAGCAGCGGAUAACACAGUGCUUGGAACAGGGCAGUGGUACAGUGGGAUACCGGGAGCAGAGGGGUUCGUACCGCUUCUCGGAGAGCUAAAUCCACCCGGUGGACAGAUCCGUUAUGGCUGUCGUGAUUGACACAACAAUCGGUCAGAUUAUGGACGUGUGGCGGUAGAGUCAGCUGCUGGUGGGAUCCAGACCCGGACAGAGGGCCGUCCGCGCCGUAACCAGCUGUCGUUCCUGUUCUCAGAGAUCUCCCCUGGAGCAUGGACUGACAAACCCCGCCGCAGAUGAUUUGAUGGGGCUGCUCAGAGUCAUGAUGCCGCCCAAGUUGCAGCUUCUGGCGCUGCUGGCGUUCGCAGUGGCCAUGUUUUUCCUAGAGAACCAGAUCCAGAAGCUGGAGGAGUCCCGCGGAAAGCUCGAGCGAGCCAUUGCCCGGCACGAGGUGCGAGAGAUCGAGCAGAGGCACAUCCAGGACGGCCUGCGUGAGCGCGACUCUGCCGCUGUGCUGCCUGACGGCGAGGACGACGUGGUCAUCAUCUACAACCGUGUCCCCAAGACCGCCAGCACCUCCUUCACCAACAUCGCUUACGAUCUGUGUGGGAAGAACCACUACCACGUGCUGCACAUCAACACCACCAAGAACAACCCGGUCAUGUCCAUACAGGACCAGGUCCGCUUUGUGAAGAACGUGACGGAGUGGAGGGAGAUGAAACCUGCUUUCUACCACGGACACGUCUCCUUCCUGGAUUUCACCAAGUUUGGGGUGAAGAAGAAGCCAAUCUACAUCAACGUGAUCCGGGACCCCAUCGAAAGGCUGGUGUCCUACUAUUACUUUUUACGUUUCGGGGAUGACUACCGGCCCGGCUUAAGGCGACGGAAGCAAGGAGACAAAAAGACAUUUGAUGAAUGCGUGUCAGCUGGCGGCUCGGACUGCGCUCCGGAGAAGCUCUGGCUGCAGAUCCCUUUUUUCUGUGGUCACUAUUCAGAAUGUUGGAACGUGGGCAGCCACUGGGCUUUGGAGCAGGCCAAGUACAACCUGGUGAACGAGUACAUGCUGGUGGGGGUGACGGAGGAGCUGGAGGACUUCAUCAUGAUGCUGGAGGCCUCCCUGCCGCGCUUCUUCAAAGGAGCCACUGAGCUAUACAAGACAGGAAAGAAGUCCCACCUGAGGAAGACCACCGAGAAGAAGCCGCCGACGAAGGAGUCCGUCACCAAGCUGCAACAGUCGGACAUCUGGAAGAUGGAGAACGACUUCUACGAGUUUGCUCUGGAGCAGUUCCAGUUCGUCAGGGCUCACGCUGUCCGGGAGAAAGACGGAGAGCUCUACCUGCUGGCUCAGAACUUCUUCUACGAGAAAAUUUACCCCAAAAACUGAGGACGGUUUUACAGAAGUCUACGAGCAAAGAAGUGAGGGACAACUGCACAAUGGACCCCCCCCUCUGGCUUUUUGGGAGCGACAGACUGGAGUCAUCUCUGAUUUUCACAGCCAGCUGGAUGUGGAGCUUGUGUUUCCCUACAACCAUGUGCCAAAAGCUGCCUGUGGGGCCUGAAAGACGAGCCCUCCGGCUCCAGACUGUUUCAGGUCUGUCUUGUGGCUGAACAGGAAGAAGACUGAACUUUCUCUGAGAGAUUUUUCUGAAAUGAACUGGCUACUUUUUUGAAUAUUUUUUCUUGAGUGACUAAACCUUUUCUGUAAUAAAGAUCAUGUUGUGUUUGAUUCUUUACUGUGUGUUUUAUACUGAUGCUGUGUGGCAGUAAGUGAUGCUUUUCCAGAUGAACCUGCUGCUUUUGUAAAUAUUUACUGCUCUGAUGGUUUGUGUCAUUUUGAAAAGAAUCAAGCUGCAUUUCAACUUUUACUUUUUUAUGUACCGUUUUUAGGAAGUAAUACACACGCCCACUCCAGUGGAAAACAUGCACCUUAGGCUCAUUGUCUAACAGAAUAAAGGUAAUGGAAAAAGGUA